UAAUGAAGGUUGAACAAGUGCCAUCAAGUUGUGAUUGUUUUCGAGUUUUUCAAUUUCUAAGUCAAAUUAUUAGUCAGUUUUAUUGUCAAGAUGUCUGAAAGCCAUUUCGACGAGUACGAGCACUACAAUUUCGACAUGGACAAGCAUAUUUACUUGGGCCACAGUGGAAAACAGCGAUCGAAGAAAAAAGCUAGUGAACAUACAAACCAUUUUGACUCGUCAGGUCAUUCUAGAAAGAUCGUCAACAAACUAGUCAACAUCGGACAGAAUCGUAAAAGAGAAACAUCCGAAUCGAAAAAGAAUUGA